CGCAUAAAGGUUGUUUAUGCCAGUUGCAUAUCAUUUCUAGUGCUCUAACUUUCGCUGUUCAACGGAUCAGGUUUUGUAGUGUUUUCAUCAAUCUUAAUGAACAAGAUAUCAAGGAUCGGAGCGUUUCCUCGCACUUGAGAUUUUGACGGACCUUGACAGUUUGUGAAAUGGAGUAUCUCGGAUCUCGACUUCAAGUUCUUUGCUCAAGAGAAUCACACUUAUUGCAUUAUAUCUCCUGGCAAUUCAGUUGAUCUAGCAAGAAAAAGCCAUUUCCAGUUUCAUCGUGAAGCUGCCCGAACUAUUUCAAACGGCUGACGAAAGAAGGGAACAGAACAGUGAGUUCAAGCAAUCUCCUUGUCAUGGCUUCUUCGUCUACAAAUAUCACUAAUUCUACAGUGUCUCAAACAACAGAAGCAAAUGGUAGCAUUGGUCCAGACGAUGCAACAUGGAUCCUUACUAGCGCAUUUAUCAUCUUCACAAUGCAAUCUGGAUUCGGACUUUUGGAAUCUGGAAUGGUGUCCAGUAAAAAUGAAGCAAAUAUCAUGGUUAAGAAUGCUAUAGAUGUAAUCUACGGAGGACUAUCAUACUGGCUGUUUGGUUUUGCUUUGAGUUUUGGUAAAGAGGGUAGGAACACUCCUUUCUGCGGUCUUGGACACUUUCUUACUGACGUCGAUGAACAUGAGAUGGGAGGUGUAUAUGCAAGAUAUUUUUUUCAGUUAUCAUUCUCAACUACGGCGACAACAAUAGUGUCAGGAGCCAUGGCAGAACGAGCAAAUCUUAAAGCAUAUACAUUAUUUUCCUUUUUGAAUACAGUCACAUACUGUUUUCCUGCUCAUUGGAUAUGGGACGAUCAUGGAUGGUUGCGAAAAUUAGGAGCUGUUGAUAUAGCAGGCUGUGCAGCUGUUCAUUUAGUAGGAGGCAUGAGUGGUCUUGUUGCUACUUUGUACCUUAAACCACGUGCUAACGUUUUUGAUCCAAAAUCGCCUCCCGCUCAGAUGGCAUCCCCUACUAAUGUUUUACUUGGGACGUUCAUGCUGUGGUGGGGAUGGCUUGGGUUCAACUGUGGAAGCACUUUUGGAAUUAGUGGUCAGAAGUGGAAGCUUGCUUCAAGGUCUGCUGUUGUGACGAUUAAUGGUUCUAUUGGAGGAGGGAUCAUGGGAAUGUUCUACAGUUACGUAUUUUACAAAGGCAAGUUGGAUAUCCCAGUAUUCAUUACCGGAAUCCUUGGCGGACUUGUCAGCAUAACAGCAAUAUGUUCCAUAGCCCGUCCAUGGGAGGCACUAGUUAUAAGUCUUAUAGGUGCUUUAAUAUCCUGUGCUGGCUGCCAAAUACUGCGAAAAUUAAAGAUCGAUGAUCCGGUGGGAUGUGUCCCUGUUCAUGCCUUUGCGGGAAUUUGGGGUCUGGUUGCUGUCUCACUAUUUGCUGAGGAAGAUAAACUCGAAAUGAAAUUUUCCCAUCACUCAGGUAUCUUCAAAGGUGGCCCCGUAUCAUUUCUUGGGGUCCAGUUACUUGCCGUUGUCAGUAUUUCAGCUUGGACUAUCACUAUAACUUUGCUAGAGCUUAUGUUUGUCAAUAGAAUACUACCCUUGCGAGUAUCGCCAGAGGACGAAGCGGUAGGUGCCGAUCGUAUAGAGCAUGGUAUCACACACGGCAUUUUGGAAGACUACACAAUCAAAGAAAAAACCAGUGAGGAGGACUCAAACGACAUCGAAAAUAACGCGCAAAAUGAACAAGCUGCUUCUUGUACAUCUUCUACAUCUACAAACGAAAGUGCAGGUUAUUUCUCUAGGUUCUCAGAAAGGGUAGAUUGCUGUAAACGCAAGAGUUUCAAUCUUAACGAUGAUAAAUCACCAACGAGUCCAUGGUACAUACAAACAGACGAAGUCUAUUCACAACGGAAUCAUUCGUUCAAAGCAGACGAUGAGCAAACCGUCACGUGAAGAUGCGAGGUAGUGAUGACUAUUGUAAAACGUUUUUUUGAUAAAUAGUUGUAAAUCUAUGUCGACCAAAAAAAACCUCCUCAUAGGAGUAGAAACACUGUGGAUGAACUUUGAAAAUAUUUUAUAAUUGUAUAUUUAUUUGAUCCAUGGGGUAUUCACAUAUGAGUCUCAUAAUCUAAGUUAUAACCUAUUUCGCCAUUUGAGUACAGCGUUUUUCAUCAGUUGUAAUCGCAAGUCAUUGCAUUAAUAUAAUAUGGCACUCAAUUCAUGAAUGAAACUGAAGAAAUACAAGAACAAAAACUACUAAAAGGAUUUAAUUUUCAGUCCAGCUAAAUAUAGGAUGACUUCAUAAUGAAUACUCUUUUAAGAGUAAAAAAAAUAUUAAAAAGCGUACAAAAGCAAAGAAAAUUUAUGUACAAACGGGUUGUUUUGGAAUUAUAUAUUUUCUAUACAAUGCUAUCACGAUAAAGAUGGCGUUCGAGGAGAUCACACUGUUAUUGGCUGAACUAAGCCUUUAUCUGAUUGGCUAAUAAAACGGCGCUUUUUACAGCCCUUUUCAUAAUAGCUGUGUUUGUUUAUCCCCCGGCGAAAACGUAAGCUAUGUUUGUGUACACUCGGCGAUCUCUUCGACGACCGCCAUCUUGAAUAUUAGUCGACCGAUUAGGCCCUGGGAACGAGGUUAGGAUUGGGCUGCUAACUCAUGUAUUUUUCUGAUUGGUUUAAUAAAAAUCGUGAAGAAUAUUAAAGAAAAUAUCACAAGAAUAGUCGAGACUAGUAUCUAGUUCGUAUUUCACAUGAAUAUAUAAAAAAAAAUUAGAAGCUUCUAGAAAACAAUAUACAUGCUAAUUGGAUAGCAUUUUGAAAGCAGCAUUUGGUAAUACUUGAUUUCAUGUACAUUUUUCAUGCACUUUUUUCCAAUUAAUCAAGAUUUUAAAUCGAGAUUUUGAAAUGCUURGAUGGCUCAAUAGGGGCUUAACGCGACCACAUUAGAGUCCAUUUAUUGUGUAGGAGUGCGAUCAUUCAGUGUUAAUGAUAUUGAGUGUUUUGUGAGGUAAUAAUAGCAAUGUCAAUCGCGCUUGAAGUCUUUUGUAUCAGCUAUCUAAACACCAGAUACCAUCAGAUAAAAGCUUUUGUUUCUCCAA